CAUUUGGCAUCUGAUCUCGCGUCGCAUGGUCUGAGAGGAGAGAUCUGCCCGGGGCAAGCAAGCCACUCCACUCUCCACCCCACCACCCAGCUUCUUCAUUUCAUGUCUUCCUCCUUCGUCUGCUAUUCUGAUUCAAUAUCUCUUCUUUCCUUCUCCUCCAAGCCCCUUGCCGUUGGGAUCGCAUCAAAUCACAUCACAUCGAGUCCCGCCUCCGCCUUCUUGUCUUCUCAAGAAACCCAUUUGGGGUUUUCCGAUACAUCAUCUUCUUUCUCUGUCUCUCUUUGCAUGCUCUUUUCCUCGAUUUCGAUUUCGAUUUCUUGGAUCAGCAAUGGAUUCAACGCCUGCCCAAUCACCGGGAAGAUCGCCUGAAGUUUACUCCAAGAAGCAAUCCAAUUAUACAUCUGCAUCCUCAUUUUCCAAAUCGAUUUCCGAUGUCAGCAGCCAGAGCUUCUCCUCAAUCCUCAACAACCCUAACCCUUCCUCCUCCGUCGUCGGCUGGUGGUCCUCCUCCGCUGCCGUUCCCGCACCCGAAUUCGCUCCUCUUCCCGCCGCCCCCAAAGCUGGAUCUGAAAUUGCCCGAUCCGAUUUCCAGACUUACCUCUCCGCCGUUUCUGAAUCCCACUCUCGAUUCGUUGACAUUCUCAGACAGCAUGACAGGGAUAACCAGGGGCACGAUGGCCCUUUUACUGGUGGCGCCGCGGGGGAGGCAUUGGUGGCCUGCCUGAGGGAGGUUCCCGCUUUGUAUUUUAAAGAAGAUUUUCAGUUGGAGGAUGGUGCCACGUUCAGAGCGGCUUGCCCUUUCCAAACGAUGUCGGAGAAUGUCGCAUUGCAGGAGAGAUUGUCGCAAUAUCUAGAUGUCGUGGAGUUGCAUUUGGUGAGGGAGAUUUCCAUGCGAUCGAGCUCGUUUUUUGAGGCGCAGGUGCAGUUGGAAGAUUUGAAUGGCAAGAUUGUCCAAGGGUGCCGGAGGGUUAAGGAGUUGAAGGAGACGAUCAGGCUUCUUGACUCUAAUUUGGUUGGUUCGGCAAGGAGAGUGCAGGAGCUGAGCAUGAAGCGUGAUGAUUUGCUCAAGUUGCAGAAUAAACUAAGGCUCGUGUUAUCUGUUAACCAGGCAGUCUCCACUCUUCAGUUACUUGUUGCAUCUGCAGAUUGUAUUGGAGCUUUAAAGAUUAUUGAUGACCUACAGUGUCUGUUGGAACGAGAUGAGCUUAUUGGCCUGCAUUGUUUUCGUCACCUUCGUGACCAUGUAAUUGCUUCAGUAGAUUCAAUUAACAGCAUUCUUGCAGCAGAAUUUAUCCGCUCAUCUCUGCGUGGGUCUGAAAAUACAGAUGCAUCAAUACCAUCUGCAUUCACUUCUGAUGGGCUAUAUGAUGAAGAUAAAUUGGAGGAAGAACGAAGGUCUAAUUUUCAAGAUCAGCUUCUUCCCCUUGUCAUUGGAUUGCUGAGAACAGGAAAAUUACCAGCUGUAUUGAGAAUGUAUCGUGAUACACUGGCUUCUGAUAUAAAGACUUCUGUCAAGGUGACAGUUUUGAAUAUGCCACUAGAGUCAGGUUCUUUCUCUGGAGAGGGUAUAGUGGAUAAUGAUGGUGGAGGCUCGUCACUUGGAAGUAAGUUGAAAAGCCUGUCACCUGAUGGCUUCCUGAGACUUUUGGAGGAAAUUUUCAAGAUUGUACAGACUCGCUUAGUGCGAGCUUCUGAAGUUAAAAGAGCUAUUGAAGGGAUUAUGGCCAAUCCCCAUGGGCACUAUGCUGCUGCUUCUGUUGCUGCUGCCAUUGCUCAUGGAGCAACAGCUACAGAAGUGACCAAUGAUAAAGAUAGUCAUGCCAGUUUGUUUUCACCACAAUCUUCCCAAAAUGCUAGCAUGGUGGUACCCAUCCAUGGAGGAGGAUAUGAUACUGCGAGUCCAAAUCUUUCCAAAAAUUUCAGAGCUGAUAUUUUAAGAGAAAAUGCAGAGGCUCUAUUUGCAGCUUGUGAUGCUGCUCAUGGAAGAUGGGCAAAAAUUGUUGGAAUUCGUUCUCAAAUUCAUCCAAAACUGAAGUUGCAGGACUUCCUUAGUGUUUAUAACAUAAGCCAAGAAUUUAUAAGUUCCACAGAGAAGAUUGGUGGGAGGUUGGGAUACAGCAUUCGUGGAACGAUCCAAUCACAAGCUAAAUCCUUCAUUGAAUUCCAGCAUGAAUCUCGAAUGGUUAAGAUGAGAGCCUUACUUGACCAAGAAAAUUGGGCGGAGAUAGAUGUACCUGAUGAGUUUCAGAGCAUUGUCAACUCACUUUUUUCUUCAGAGCUUUUGGUUGCUGGAGAGACUGAUACAUCUUCUGAUGAUACUGCAUCAGGUUCUAGUCAAGUAGCACCACAUGGUGAUGGUUCCUUGGUGGAACCUGGUUCAUCAAACUCAUCCCAGCCUAAUGAGCAAUCUGAUUCUAAUGGGACAUAUGCUGAUCAUAUGCCAAAUGCUGAUUCAUUACGCUCUAAUGCAGCGGCAGAAAACAGCAAUUCUGGUGUUAGCACUUCUUCUCAUGCAAGUGGCAGCAUGAAAGAACGAGGAAAAUCUACUCAUAAAAUGCUUUAUUUUAAAGGUGUUGGCUAUCACAUGGUGAACUGUGGCUUAUAUUUGGUGAAGAUGAUGUCAGAAUAUGUGGAUAUGAAUAAUUGUUUACCCACACUCUCUGCGGAAGUUGUUCAUCGUGUUGCCGAGAUUUUGAAAACUUUCAAUUCAAGGACUGCUCAUCUUGUUCUUGGAGCGAAUGCCUUACAGGUAUCUGGCUUGAGGUCAAUUACUGCUAGACAUUUGGCUAUGGCCAGUCAAGUUAUAAGUUUCAUGCAUGCCAUCAUACCUGAAAUUAGGAGACUUCUCUUGCUCAAAGUGCCUGAUACGUACAAAGCUUUGUUGCAAUCAGAGCUUGAUCGAGUGGCAAUGGAUUAUAAAAAUCAUUGUGAUGAAAUUCACUCCAAGCUGGUUCAGAUAAUGAGAGAGAGGUUGUUGGUUCAUCUACGUAGCUUGCCUCAAAUUGUAGAGGCCUGGAAUAGAUCAGAGGAAGCAGAUUUACAGCCUAGUCAGUUUGCUCGGUCUCUCACCAAGGAGGUUGGAUAUCUUCUACGGACUUUAUCUAAGCACCUUCUCGAAGAGGAUGUUCAGGCUAUCUUUGGGCAAGUGGUUGUAAUUUUACAUUCUCAAAUUUCCGAUGCAUUUUCGCGUCUAGAGAUAAAAACGCCACAAGCAAAAAGCAGCCUUCUGUGUGACGUCCAGCAUUUACUUGGAUGCAUAAGAACGCUGCCGUCUCAAAAUUCAAGUAAAUCCAGUCCACAAAACUGGGGGCUGCUUGAUGAAUUCGCACAGAAUUUUGGCCCCGAGCCUGUGGAGUAAAAUUGGCUGAAGUUUAUAUGCAAUACACACAAUUUGAUCUAUCUUUUUUCAUACAUAUAAUGGGGUGGAGAGGAGAUUGGGUGUACUCGAUGGGAUUGUAUGCAGACACUGCGGAUGAACCGAAGCUGUUUUGCGCAAGGAGGUAAGCGAUGAUGAGGUGCCGUGGUUUUGGAACAAGAAGAGCCAAAAGGGAGGGAGAGCUCAUUGUGAAUUUGGCCUUGUAAUCUGAACCAAGUAACCACCUUUGAUCUCUCAUUGUGUUUGUAAUUGAUUUUUUUUUUUUUUUUUUUUUUUUUUUUUUUUUUUGUUUUAAAUUCCCAGGGUAUAAGUUGAAUCUGAGCAGUCACUGGGGAGGGAGAGGGAGAGGGAGAGUGAUGUUUUGGACUAGGGUAGUUGUAGAAGAAGAUGGAGUUAUAAUUCUUUUUGUAACGUAAACAAACGAUUCCUGCUCUGCUGUAUUAUUAUUAUUAUUAUUAUUAUUAUUGUUAUUAUUUUUAAUA